CUGAAAAAAAAGCGCCCUUUCGCCCUCUAAUUUCCAGCCCCCUUCUCUGCGCCUCACCAGCAAAACAAUCAACAGCUGAGGCUGCAAGGUGGAAAUUUUUAGUCGGUAGGGCUAAUCUCGCCCUGUCUUUCUCAUCGAAGGAUCUGGUCUUAGUCCGGACAUAGCCAAACGCAGUGACCGAACAAACAUAUACACACACAUAAGCGCGCAGACAACAUGGCAAAGUCCAGCCUCUCCAUCAGCUACUAUGCUUUUACGGCGCUUCAUCUCGCAUGUUUUGCCCUGGCAAUCACCGUCUGCGGCCUUUACGGCACCGACCUACAGCGGGCGAAGCACUUUGAUGAUUACACCAAAUCCAAGUGGGUCUAUGCCGUCGUUGUCGGCGCUUUGACAGCGGCUACGUGUGCCCUUUACUUUAUCCCUCUCAUCAUAGAAGCCGCCGGGAUAUUCAUCGCCGUUUGGGAUUUAAUCCUGUUCAUCCUGUGGAUCACUCUGUUUGGCGUCUUCGGAAAGCUUUACAUCAACGAAAACGCCCAUGGAAACGGAGACGUCGAACGCAUGAAGCACGCCGUGUGGGUAGACUUGACCAGUGCGCUCCUCUGGCUGAUUGCGACUGUCGCCGCUUCCGCAUACUGGUUGAAACAUCGCAAUACUCGCACCCGUUUCACCGGCCGGGCCAAGGUCUAGCCUUCCCUGUUGCACUUCACAGCUAUCCUUGCAAGCGAGAAGAGGAAGCAGGAGAAGGAAGCAGAGCAGGAUACACACGCGACAGGGAGGAUCUGACGCUGUUAAGCGAGCAGAAGAAGGAUGGGUAGCCUCGACAUGCGCGUAUAUCCACAAACGGCAGGAAAGGCGUUCAUCUGCGGCAAUUUGGCGGUUCGAUUGAGAUAUCUGAUAUCUGAGGGCGGUACGGGUAAAAUGGAGGAUAUGGAUGACAUGGUAAUAAU